ACUAGUGCAAGGUGAAGGAGGUCUGUUCAUCUGUUUUCUUCCUCUCGGUCACUUUAAUCUGGUUCUUCGGUCAGUCAGAUUAAACUGGAGUCCUCCAGGAGGAUGAGGAUAACCGUGCUGCUUGUCUCCCUCCUGCUCGUUUCCCAGUAUGCCUCAGGAGUCGAGGUGUAUGAGGGGGAGGAGUCUGUCCUUCUGCUCUGCCAGCUUCCCGUUCCAGCUGAAGAGGGUGUAGUUGUGUGGGGACGCGAUGACCUGAAUCCUUCAAUCAUCCAUGUUCGCACAGAGGAAGGUGAUUAUCUUACAGAGCAAAAUAAACAAUACGUCAACAGAACAUCCAUUCAAAAGGACGCCCUGAAGACCGGAGACCUCAGCCUCACUCUGAGAAAACCUACAUUCUCUGACAGUGGACUCUACACCUGCACCGUACGCAAGGUUGGAGAAAAACAGAACCAGACUGAAGUGCAACUAAAGGUCAAAGAGCGUCCUCCUCCUCCUCCAAUCUGGCCCAAAGUUCUCCCAGCGGUCCUGGUUCCGGUGCUUGUCCUGGCUAUUGGCAUUAGUGUUUUCAUGUGUCUUGUAUAUCAAAGGAUGAAGAAAACAGCAGUCUGCCAGCUCAAAGUUGUUGAUGUGACAGAGGGAGCAGAGUCUGUCCUGCUACCCUUCAUAUCCAAAAAACUGAAGAAUCAGGAGACCGCCAAAGUGGAGUGGAAACAUAUCCAAGAAGACGAAAUGAAGGUCGUGUAUGAGAAGGAUCGGAAAAGUCAAGACGUACCUGACACAGGCCCAUAGAGAUGAAGAAAAAUCCAUGGAUUACAGGAAACGCCAGCCUAACUUUGUCAGAUCCUCGCUCUGAAGAUGGAGGUGUUUACAUAUGCACCAUGUAUGACACGCAUGGAAAGGCCCUGAAACAGAAAGUAGUGGCACUCUGGGUCAAAGAGGGCUGGCUGAAAACCAUCAGAAGCUUCUUCCCGUGUGCCAGACAGAACAGACAGAAUUAUGUCAUCUGAAUGAAAAGGCAAAGGUGAAUCUGUUCACUGUUCAGUCAAUGUGAUUCAUCUCUUGAUGAAGCUUUUCCAAAUGAAACUCACAGUAAUAAGGUCAUUACCAAAUGAAAAGUCACAUUGACAAAUAUGUAAAACUACUGUGAGUUUGUGAGCGCUCAAAUGUCUGUUUCAGUCAGUUUGAACACUUGGCACAUGCACUGAGCACAACCUGAACUAAUAUUCAGAUCGUCUGUGCACACUUUAAACUAAAGUUCUGCAUAGAGAGGUGAGAGCAGUAAAGUGUUUUUUAGUACAUUU